UGUUAGCUAAAUCAAGUAUCAACACAUUGUUAGAAGCUGAUAUUUAUUGUUUAGUUUUAAAAGUAAAGUAGUAGAUUAUUCUGAUAGUAUAAAUCACAGUCUGCAGAAUAAACAUGAGUUAUCAGUUUAUCACUUAUCGUUGAUUUCUCCAUAUUGCUUAUAUUCACCUCGUCUUCUCAACUACUAAGUACUAUAAACGAAGACGUGACGUUUAACACGUCUAUAAGCCUUCAGUAAGCAAUAAGCAUAAUAUURUUUUAUGAUAAUAAAUACCUACUACCUAGGCAACUAGCUUCAUGUGACAGACACUACACCGAGUGUAAUAUUUUACUAUUUAGCCAUGAGCCAAGCUAUUAAAGCCAAGCAAGCGGAUCGUUUGAAGAAACUCAGAGACCUCCACAUCAAAAGAAAUGAAGCUAGAGUGAACAACCAUCAAGAAGUUGUUGAAGAAGACAAACAAAUGAAGUUGCCAUCAAACUGGGAAGCAAGACAGAGAAAAGCAGAAUGGCUUUUAAAUGACGAUAAACUUAGACAAGAGGCUAAAGAAAAGGGACAAGAUUACAACCGUUUAAAACUUUUAAAUAUGACCGCAAUGGAAGCAGAUGCUAUUGACAGAAAGAAAAAACGCCAAAAUCCUGAUCCUGGGUUUUCAGAUUAUGAGGAAGCUACUGCUCGUCAAUACAACAGAAUGAUAUCUAACAUGAAAGUAGACAUGAAUGCCUAUCAAAGACAAAGAGAUAAACUGGGCAAAGCAUUCUAUGCCGAAGCCAACACUUAUUUGCAUGAUAAAAUUAAAGAUUCAAAAGAAGGAAUUGACAAUAUGGUAGAUGAUUUGGAAAAACAAAUCGCAAAACGCAACAAGUUCAGUAGGAGAAGAACACAUAAUGAUGAAGCUGAU